AUGUCACAAAGUAACCUGUUGUUGGAAGUCUUAAAUGAUUUAAAUGCAAGAAAUUCAUAUUUGGCGAAUAUACCUCGAAUGACGCUACAAAGUGAGAAUAUCGGAAAACCUCUGUAUAAUAUUGCCGAUAUAGGUCCUAACGCUCUGGUCUUGAGUCUGAUGCACAGUGUUUACGAUUCUGUUUUAGAGGCCACGGCAAGGGCACUGCGUAAACGAAGAAUGUGUUUUACAAUGUAUCUCCUACACACCUUUAACUAUGCCGAAGAUCAUCGAUAUUUAUUUAAAAAGUUAUGGAAAUAUCAGCUAAGACGUCCCUUGGUCAUUGCCAAUGGCAAAGAUCUACUAACCAUGGAUCCGUAUCCUGUAUUGAAAGUGGUGAAUGUUACUUUGGAACCUAUGUCAAAAUGGUUUCCCCUUGCCGAUGGUAUAAGGGAUUUCAAAGGUUAUACCCUAAAUAUGCCUGUGCAAAAUGACUUUCCGGCCACGUACUUUUAUAAGGAUGAGAAAACACAAAAGUACCAAGCUGAUGGCUUGGCUGCCUGGAUGGUAAAAGAGCUGAUGGCUCGCCUCAAUGUUACACUGAAGGUGCAUACUUUGACAGUCAACAAUUCGUAUAUUUUUGAUUAUUGGAAAAUAUUUGAGUUACUUCGUAAGGGCAACAUUGAAUUGAGUCCCCAACUGAUGUUGAGUAUAUUCCGAGAAGAUGGUUUUGAUUUCAGCUAUCCAUACAUCUCCACCUCACGCUGUAUCAUGAUACCACAAUCGAGGAAGAAUACCAUUGUGUUUCUGCCUUUCUUGGACUGGAAACUGUGUCUGGUCUUGGCAAUCUUUCUUAUGGUAUAUGAAAUUUUGUUUAAGCUAUAUCCCCUAUAUCGCUCGCGGGUGGGUGGCGUUUAUGAGUGGCGCCAACAACGCUCAUUUUAUAUUCCAUGGAUUAUCUUGGGUAUUCCAGUGCCUCUUAUCAAAUUCCACCCCUCGUUGGGCCGUUUACGCUUCUCUGUGUUUCUUCGGCUUUUAAUUGUCUAUUUCCUCAUUGCCUUCAGUGGCAAUUAUGUCUCGCAAAUAUUUUCAAGCAAUUUAACCUCCUUGCUAACGGAAAAUUAUGUCAAGGAGACUUCCAUCAAAUUAAGGGAUGUCCUUUCGGCCAAGGUACCCAUCAUAAUGAGAUAUUUUGAUACCGACUCAUUUGUGCGAUUUCACAAAAUAGCCAAUGUUGAUUUGAGGUAUUUUGUCAAUUCCACCAAAGAAGAUCUCCACAAACACCGUUCUAAACUUAAUGCCAAGUUUAUGUAUUUUCUUACCAGUGAAGAGUAUGACGUUAUCGAUGAGCAGCAGAGAUAUUUGUCGCCCAAACGUUUUAGAUUUUCCAAUAUUUGUCACGGUCCCUAUCCAUUGCAGUUUCAAUUUCAAGCGGAUAGCCAUUUUUUGGAUUUGUUUCAUUUAUUUAUUUUGCGUGUGCACGAGGCGGGUCUAUAUGAAUACCAGAAGCGUUAUCUGUUUGAAAGGGCCAAGAGAUAUGCUAAACUGGAUUAUGUAUAUGAGUCGGAUUUGGAAAAGUCAAAAAUCACUUUUACAACAUUAUCGGCAAUGGUGUAUGUUCUUUUGGUGGGCUAUACCAGCAGUAUCUUUGUAUUUAUAUUGGAAUUAUAUGGUCAAAAAAUAAUGCGCCUUUUCGAAAGAAAGGGGAUUCUGAAGGGAAGGAGAAAUUAA